GCAGGCCAGAAGAGGGCACAGAUCUCAUUACAGAUGGUUGUGAGCCACCAUGUGGUUGCUGGGAAUUGAACUCAGGACCUUUGGAAGAGCAGGUGGUGCUCUUAACCACUGAGCCAUCUCUCCAGCCCGCAGGUAGUACUCUUAAUUGCUGAGCCAUGAACCUGCCAACCUAAUCCUAGUUUGAAUGACCCAUAUUAGCUUCCUGGCAGGUUUUAAAGCAAGUGGAAGAGAGCCAGACCAGCCCUCAGAGUUUGGGACUUUGACCUAUAUACUCUGAGGCCCACUAUAACCGUCUUGCUAGGACCUGGAGACAGAACCUUGUAGGUGUGAGGAAACCCCAGCGACAGCUAAGAGGUCCUAAGAAGGCAGCUAGAGGGUGUGAAGGAGACCUCAAAGACUCCUAACCCUUUAAGCAAACCCUCAUCUAUCCACAGGCCCAGAGAGGCCGGGCUCAGGCCCACCUGGUUCUUUCCUAGGCACCAAGGGGGGAGGGCAGCUUACUGGCCUUCUGCCCUCCUUUCUUUCUAACCCUGCCUAGCCUCUGCCAGUCCAUACGCCUCCAGAAGCCUCAGCACCUGUGAGGACGUCCUGGACAGGCUGAAAGCCAGGCCCAGAAAGAGCGUUCAGCAGUGAGGACUACCAAAAUCCCUUCAGAGGAAGAGGUCAGCACAGACAGAUGUGGGAGUCCCCCGUGAAGUCCCAGGACAAGCAGCUCCUGCCAAAGCUGCCUCCAAAAGAGUCCUCACCCAAGGACUCUGGCCUCAAGGCAGUUCCCAGCACACAUACUCUUUAUGUGGGCCACCUGAACCCCCAGUUCUCUGUGCCCGUGCUUGCCUGCCUGCUACGAGACACCCUAGAGCGGCUGGAGCUGCCAGUGGCCCGUGAGCACAUUGAAGUAGUGAGGCGGCCACGAAACACUUAUGCACUGGUACAGGUGGCUGCCCCCAAGGCUGCCCUGGCCUCCCUCCCCUGGCGUCUGCAGAUGGCCAUGGAGGAGCAGCUAAUCCUCAAAGAGCUCACAGCCCGUGGCAAGGAACUGGUGUUGAGUGAAGGCUUGGAGUCCUUAAACCACAGGGAGGUAAGUGCCAUUUACCCAAGUCCCAGCUGGGACAGCGGCCCAAGCCCAAGUCCCAGCCCUGGCCCCAGCCCAGGCUUAAGGCGCCCACAGCGGCCCCAGCUGCCAGACCCUUCCCCUAACUGGUGCUGGGCUGGGCGUCGACAGAUUUCUCAGAACCGACCCAGUGGCGUGCGCUCUGAUAGUGCCAUUGUGCACCAGGAGAUCUUGGGCCAGGAGCAGCUAUUCCAGGGUGCCUUCCUUGGCAGUGAGACACGGAAUGUGGAAUUUAAGCGAGGCAGCGGUGAGUACCUGAGCCUGGCUUUCAAGCACCACGUACGGCGCUACGUGUGUGCCUUUCUCAACAGUGAGGGUGGCAGCCUGCUGGUAGGUGUCGAGGACAAUGGCCUGGUACAGGGCAUCCACUGCAGCCACCGUGAUGAGGACCGUACACGCCUGCUGGUGGACUCCAUCCUGCAAGGCUUCAAACCCCAGGUCUUCCCUGAUGCCUACACCCUCACCUUCAUCCCCGUCAUAAGCACUUCCACAGCCAACACCCCUCUCAAGGUACUCCGCCUGACCGUACACACCCCCAAGGCCCAGGGUGAGCCACAGCUCUAUGAGACAGACCAGGGGGAGGUAUUUCUACGGCGUGACGGAAGCAUCCAGGGCCCACUGUCUGUUGGCGCCAUCCAGGACUGGUGCAGGCAGAAGUGGACGAUGGAGCUGGGCAAGCUGGAAGAGAAGGUGAAGGUGCUAACGGUGGAAAAGGAGCAGCUUCAGCAGCAGCUUCAGCAGCGGCGGUCCCUGUCCUGCAGCUGCUGCGUCCUGUGA